AUUAUUCUAACCCUCUAUGCUCCCACUGAAUAGUUGUGGAAAUUGAGAGUAUAAAUUCACUGCUUGACAAUUGCAAAUUAUCAGUUAGUUUUGUGCUCCUCAGUUGACAACCGUUGCAACAAAAAACCACUACCAAAAUGUUCGCCAAGAUCUUUGUGACCCUCGCUCUCCUGGCGGUCAGCUGCUCAGCUGGAGUCGCUCCAGUCGCUCCAGUGGUUGCUCCAGCAGCUGCCUAUGUAAACACUGUUCCCUACAACGUGCCACCCUAUGCAAGCAGUGUCAACAUCGUCAACCGAGGACUGGCUUCGCCUUAUGUGGCUGCGCCUUAUGUUGCAGCACCCUAUGUUGCAGCGCCUCAUGUUGCAGCAGCUCCUUAUGUUGCAGCACCUCAUGUGGCAGCACCCUAUGUUGCCGCUGCGUCAUACCCCUACGCUUCGUACCCUUAUGCUGCCCCCUAUGUUGCCGCACCUCUUUUGAAGUAGAGCAUAAUAUUAUCCUUGGACUGGAACUCAGGAAUACCAAUAUCAUGGAAAGCAAUUUCUGAUUGACAAAAAUGAAAAUGGAAUAAUCACGGACUGAUUACUAGGAAUUUCAAUUCAAUAAGGCUGCAAAUCACUCAUAUUGAUUCGGGAAUAUAGGACAUUUCAACUUGAAAAUCGGAACUAGUAAUUAAAAUAUUUCAAAGUUUUUAAUAAUAAAGGGCACAACAAGUUUUCAUAUUGUUUUUAUCAAUUUUUACAAUAGUAGCCCAUUCAAGUAAAGUGUUUUGAGGAUAUUCAGCUACAAUAAACAUAAUUAUUAUUCAACGAAAAUCCAAACUGAAUGCUGUAAUUCACCCCGAAGACUUCUGCUACUGCAAAUAUUGACAACAGGAUGAACAGCUAGUAUCUGGAGAUUGUCAGUUUGAUGUAAGGUUAAGCAUUCCUGACUAGCAAUUGGGAGGUACCGGGUUCGAUUCCCGGGCUGGCAAAUAAUUUUUGGAUAGUAGGUCUCAUCGAAUUUCCAUCUAGCUGUUAACUCUGUUGUCAAUGUCUGCAGUAGCAGAAGUCUUCGGGGUGAUUUACAGCAUUUAUUUAGGAUUCUCAUUAAAUUUUAUUGCCAAAACAAAAUUGAAAUUUAUUGCAAGAACAAAAUAAUAGUUAUAUAUUAAUUAGCAUUUAAAUAAAUGCAUUCUCUAUUUAAUUCCAUCUAUAAUAAACAUGUCUGACUGUUAGCAGUAUCAUAGCACCUUGUUGAGAAUUGUAUCAUGGAUUCAAAAAACUAAAUUUUUUGGCAAAUUGAUGGAAUAUUGAACUGUUUUUAUUCAAUUGAUCAGAACUUGGUGAACCAUAGAAUGAUUUUGAACAGAACCAAAAAGAAAACUGUCCUCUCACCGUUAAACCCAAUGCACUUAGAAUAUACCUGUCCUGUAUUCUAGGUACCUUGGUUAAACCUAACAUCUGUGAUUAAAUAUUAUUAUAAUAUAUGUCUGAAAUAAAUAAAAUAUUAUGAUCUAUGGAGCAAUA